AUGAUAUCAGUAGCAUUUCAUGGAACAAGAGCAUAUCUUAUAGACAAAAGUCUUAUACCAAUAGUUUUGUUAUGGUUAGACCCAGUUGUUGGAUAUAACUUCAUAACAUAUGGUUCAUUCGAUACGGAACGUUGCAGUGAAGGCUUACUUUACAUCGUUCAGAAACCGAAGGACUUCAAUACAAAAAGAUAUAAGAUAGGAAGAACAUAUAAUAUAACUCUAAGAUAUGACAGUACAGUCAAUAGAGUCAAGGUUGUGUUUGUUAACGAUAUGAGAGCUGCUGAAACAGAACUACUUGAAAAGUUUGAGAAAAUGUAUGGUGCUCCCACGAAAGGUAAAGAAACGUUUGAAGUAGAUGAGAUAGAUAAAGCUAUAAAAUUAUUUGACGAAGUUGCUGAAAAAUACAUGUAA